AUGUCGCUCACCACAGUAUUCCUAGGAAACCUUCCUGACAGGGUUCAAACUUCAGAGAUCGAUCAGUGCCUAUCCGCGUAUGGGAACAUUUCUACUAUCACGCGAAAGACUGGUGGUCAGUCUCCUUGGCAUCUAAGUCCCUUGUGCAACACGAAUGUCCUGACACCUUUGUUCUCGAAGGCUGCACAUAAUGUCGUGAAAGCAUUUCACCGUAAACGCUUCCUUGGCCUCAAUAUAUUCACCCUAGAAACGGACUUGAUCCGAUUUGGUGCUCAGUUUGGUGGGGAUGUAGUAGGUUGCACCAUUGGCUACCGAGAAGGGACUAUCACGUACGCCAAUCAGGAAGAUGCACUCAACGCUGAACGAUGGCUGGCCGGUCUCAACCUGCACGGCAGCGUCCUUCGGCUCCGACGAACACUCGGCAAGCCGCCCUCCACCCCUCAUGACCAACAAGAUGAUGCCCCUUUCAUGCACAAACUACUCGGCGCGGAUGUGACCACCGCAUACAUCUCCUCGCUCCUCGCCAUCUUGAAGACUGAAACGAUCUCGUGA